UAUUGCUAUUGUCUUUAUCUAUGUUCGGUUUAUCGGUUGACAGGAAUUUUGUUGCUCGGUUUCACUAACCCAACUUAUUUGUUUUGUUGACGUGUUUGAAUGGGGCCUAUAAAAAGGACUCAUUUUUGCCUCGCACAGAAUAGAUAAGCCGACAAUGUCGGAUAGCAAGGUAAUUUUGGUGACUGGCGGGUCCGGUCUGGUUGGCAAAGCCAUUCAGACCGUCCUGGAAAGCGAUGCAAAAGGCGACGAAAAGUGGAUAUUUGUUGGCAGCAAGGAUGCGGAUUUGUGCGACUUGAACUCUACGAAAGCCCUAUUUGAAAAACACCAGCCAACUCAUGUGAUCCAUCUGGCUGCAAUGGUUGGGGGACUGUUCCAUAACAUGUCCCACAAUCUGGAUUUUUUGAUGAACAACAUCCACAUGAACGACAAUGUGCUGCGGCUGAGCCACGAAACGGGAGUGAAGAAAGUGGUGUCCUGUCUGUCCACUUGCAUCUUCCCGGACAAAACCCAGUAUCCCAUUGACGAGACAAUGGUUCAUAACGGUCCGCCGCAUCCAUCCAACUUCGGCUACAGCUACGCAAAGCGGCUAAUAGAUGUGAUGAACCAAGCCUACCAUAAUCAGCAUGGGUGCACGUUCACUUCCGUGGUGCCUUGCAAUGUGUUCGGGCCCCACGACAACUACAACCCCGAAUCCAGCCAUGUUAUACCCGGGCUGAUCAAAAAGCUUCAAGACAUCACCAGUGCAGGCGGCGAUACUUUCACAGUUAUGGGCACCGGGAGGCCUUUGAGGCAGUUCAUUUACUCGCUGGACUUGGCCAGGCUGUUCAUCUGGGUGUUGAGGAGCUACAACGAAAUAGACCCCAUCAUUCUCUCGGUGGAUGAGGAAGCUGAGGUGUCCAUCAAGCAACUAGCCGAGGAGCUGGCCAAGGCCUACGAUUUCAAAGGAAAAAUCGUGUUCGAUACCUCGAAGGCGGACGGGCAGUUUAAAAAGACCGCCAGCAACAAAAAGCUGCGAAAGUACCUGCCUGAUUUCCAGUUCACUCCAUUUCCGCAAGCCAUCAAGGAGAGCGUGGACUGGUACAGGCAGAACCACGCCAGCGCCAGGAAUUAGCUCCAGCCUAAGGUAAAUGUUUUCUCUGUUUACGUUUUGUUUGUUGCAAUAAAAGUGGGAUGAUUCCAAAA